AUGUUUUCGCAGAACCCCAUCGUCUUUAUUGUCUGUAUUAUAGGCUUGGCAUUUGUCGCCACCAUGAUUUGGCUUGGCUUUUACCUGAUCCGACACCGCCCCUACUUUGCCAAGCCUGGCGAUGCAGAGCAAGCCGUCGUCUACGCCAACACGGCGCGCGCUUACUCGACCCCAGACCACGGCGGCAGCCAGCAGCAUCCUCCCGUAUACUGCGCCGACGAUAUCGCCUGUCCGCCGCCCUCCUAUGAGGCCAUCUUCAGGCGCGACACGGCCUCGACGCCCCACGAGGUGCACGUCCUCCAGCACCGCCUCGAGAAGCUCCACUGCCACCGCCGCCGCAGCAGUAGCAGUCCGGCCGACACAACCGCCGCCUGCGAGACAGCCAUUCGCGACUCUCAAAUUCGCGACCUUGCGCAGUGGACUGAUCGAUUGGAGAUGCUGCGCGACGGAGGGGAGCAGGAUGACGGGGAUGCGCCCGCGCUGGGUCGUCGUCGGACGGUGAGGGUCGUCCGGUCGGAGCAUGAACCCGCGACGCGGCCGACGAGUCUAGGCUUUGAGUUGGGAUCGCCUCCCGCAGUGCACCAAAUUUUGUUGCACAGGUCUGCAACAGAUUCAGGCCUUUCUCAAUGCGUGAGGUGGCGAAAUGUCGCGCCGCCGCCAACGCCCACGGCGGCAGCGUCGAGCCCAACGCCGGGCGACAUGGAUCUUCGGAUUGCAGUGCUGCGGGAGCAACUCAUGAGAGCAGCGUCUAAUAGGUACUCUGCAGAGCUAUGA